UACCCAGACGAUACUUCAGCAGCGCCUAUCGAUUACUACGAGGUGGAAGUAAAGACGAUGGCGAAGCAGAUAUACCCAGACCUCCCGCCGACGGUACUGACCACCUAUGACGGAGUAUCGCCGGGGCCGAUAUUUGUUAUGCCGCAAGGAAGGGAGGCGGUUGUUCGAUUCUCCAACAAAGGCCCAUACAAUAUGGCAGUGCAUGUUCAUGGGCAAUAUAAUCGCGCCCCAUUCGAUGGAUGGGCGGCGGACUACGCGACGGCGGGUCAAUAUAAAGACUAUUAUUACCCCAACGCACAAAAUGCGCGCACGGCCUGGUAUCAUGAUCAUACCGAAUUCGCUACCGGAGAACAUGCGUACAAAGGCCAGGAGGGCAUGUAUAUUUUGACCGAUCCACAUGAACAGGGGUUGGGACUUCCCCGUGGACAGUACGAUGUGGUACUGGCAAUAACUUCGAAAUAUUAUAACGACGACGCCUCGCUGCGUUACCAUACCGACAAUAACCAAGCCUUAUGGGGCGACGUGAUCCAUGUAAACGGGCAGCCUUGGCCAUAUUUUGAAGUCGAACCGCGUAAAUAUAGACUCCGACUUCUCAACGGAGCUAUCAGCAGGGUAUUUCAUCUUUAUUUUGCAGAAGACCCAUCAUCAACCAAUAAGGAUGUGCAAUUCGAAGUCAUUGGGUCAGACACUGGUCUUCUAUCCCACCCCGUCCGCACCGACGACCUCUUAAUGGCGAUGGGCGAACGGUAUGAAAUCGUGGUUGAUUUCGCCAACUAUGCAGGGCGAAACUUAACACUGAAGAAUAAAAGAGGCAUGGAAGGAGGUAUCGAUUACGCCGCCACGGACUUGGUCAUGCGGUUCGUGGUCGGCGACCAAGUCACUGACACCUCAAACGAUGGGCCUAUCCCCUCCUCAUUGCGCGAGAUCAGGCCGCCACCCGCAAAAGGAGCACCGGAUAAAAGCUUCGUCUUCGAGAGAAUCCAUGACCGAUGGCUUAUAAACGGCGUUGGCUUCAGGGACAUUGAGAAUCGCAUUCUAGCACGGCCAUUGCGCGGAGAGGACGAGAUUUGGGAGAUGACUAAUGGAAGAGGGGGAACAACACACCCAGUACACAUUCAUCUCGUCGAUUUCCAGAUCUUGUCACGGACUGGAGGGCGAGGGGUGGUAUUGCCGUACGAGGCCGCUGGAAUGAAAGACGUUGUGUGGCUUUCCGCCGGAGAGACGGUUCGAGUCCUCGCUCGCUAUGCCCCUUGGAAUGGUGUAUUCCUGUUUCAUUGUCACAAUCUCGUUCACGAGGAUCACGACAUGAUGGUCGCUUUCAACGUCACCGAUCUGAAGCGAUGGGGCUACAACGAAUCCACCCAGUUCAUCGAUCCCAUGCAACCAGAGUUCCGCCCGAAAGACAUCAAUCCUGAGGACUACACCGAGGAAGCCAUCAUGAAGAAGAUCAAGUGGUUCUACGACACCAAUGCCUAUAACCACGGUAAAGUUGCGGAGGUGGACGCCGCCCUUGAUAAAUCUGUGUAACAUAACUCAGUGCAAUCCACAGAGGGCCGGUUCCCUCCUCAGUUCGAAUACAAAGCCGUGGCGUUGUGGGGCCAGUCUUAUCUUCUGUGUCUCAGCUGUAUGGAGUAUGCGGUUUUCGAUUCAUUCUCAAGAUGGUCC